CUGACAUUCUCCUCCUCCUCGCUCCUCCCGAUCCCUCCUUCUCGGUCUAGUCCCUCCUCCUCCCGCCCAGCUUCCCCACGUCCCGACCCGUGCGAGCUAGACGUCUGGGCAGCCCGGGCUCAGCGCGCAGCAGCCUCCCUCCGCUUCCCGCACCGUGCGCUCGCCCCGGGCCAGGGUGUCUGGAGCGAGUCCCGGAGGCCACCACCUCCUAGACCAACCGGUCACCUGGACGCGCGCCUGAGUCCAGGUCGCGUCGCUGUCGACGCGGUCACCGCGCACCGCUGUAGGACUCCGUCGGUCUCGGAUUAAAACCGGAGAGCCGGAGCCAACCUCUCCUGGGCAGAGAUGCGACCCUCGGGGACGGCGAGAGUGGCGCCGUGGGUGCUGCUGGCCGCGCUCUGCGCCUCAGGUGGGGCGCUGGAGGAAAAGAAAGUUUGCCAAGGAACAAGUAACAGGCUCACCCAACUGGGCACUUUUGAAGACCACUUUCUGAGCUUGCAGAGGAUGUUCAACAACUGUGAAGUGGUCCUUGGAAACUUGGAAAUCACCUACGUGCAAAGGAAUUACGACCUUUCCUUCUUAAAGACCAUCCAGGAGGUGGCUGGCUAUGUGCUCAUUGCCCUCAACACUGUGGAGAGGAUCCCUCUGGAGAACCUGCAAAUCAUCAGGGGAAAUGCUCUGUACGAAAACACCUAUGCCUUAGCCGUCCUGUCCAACUACGGGGCAAACAGAACUGGGCUCAGGGAACUGCCUAUGCGGAACUUACAGGAAAUCCUGACCGGUGCUGUGCGGUUCAGCAACAACCCCAUCCUCUGCAAUGUGGAGAGCAUCCAAUGGAGAGACAUCGUCCACAACGACUUUCUGAGCAACAUGUCCAUGGACUUCCAGAACCAUCUGAGCAGCUGUCAAAAAUGCGAUCCGAGCUGUCCCAAUGGAAGCUGCUGGGGAGUAGGAGAGGAGAACUGCCAGAAACUGACCAAAAUCAUCUGUGCCCAGCAAUGUUCCCGGCGUUGCCGCGGCAGGUCCCCCAGUGACUGCUGCCACAACCAGUGUGCGGCCGGGUGUACGGGGCCCCGGGAAAGUGACUGCCUGGUCUGCCACAGGUUCCGAGACGAAGCCACGUGCAAAGACACCUGCCCACCGCUCAUGCUGUACAACCCCACCACAUAUCAGAUGGAUGUCAACCCUGAGGGGAAGUACAGCUUUGGUGCCACCUGUGUGAAGAAAUGCCCCCGAAACUAUGUGGUGACAGAUCAUGGCUCGUGUGUUCGGGCCUGUGGUCCUGACUACUAUGAAGUGGAAGAAGAUGGCGUCCGCAAGUGUAAAAAAUGUGACGGGCCCUGUCGCAAAGUUUGUAAUGGCAUAGGCAUUGGUGAAUUUAAAGACACACUCUCCAUAAAUGCUACAAACAUCAAACACUUCAAAUACUGCACUUCCAUCAGCGGGGACCUUCAUAUCCUGCCAGUGGCCUUUAAGGGGGAUUCCUUCACACACACUCCGCCUCUAGACCCACGGGAACUAGAAAUUCUAAAAACUGUAAAGGAAAUAACAGGAUUUUUGCUGAUUCAGGCUUGGCCUGAAAACUGGACUGACCUCCAUGCUUUUGAGAACCUAGAAAUAAUACGUGGCAGAACAAAGCAACAUGGUCAGUUUUCUCUGGCAGUUGUUGGCCUAAACAUAACAUCACUGGGAUUGCGUUCCCUGAAGGAAAUAAGUGAUGGAGAUGUGGUCAUUUCUGGAAACCGAAAUUUGUGCUACGCAAACACAAUAAACUGGAAAAAACUCUUUGGGACGUCCAGUCAAAAAACCAAGAUUAUGAACAACAGAGCUGAGAAAGAUUGCAAAGCCAUGAACCACGUCUGUGAUCCUCUGUGCUCCUCAGAAGGCUGCUGGGGCCCGGAGCCCAGGGACUGUGUCUCCUGCCAGAACGUCAGCCGGGGCAGGGAGUGCGUGGCGAAGUGCAACAUCCUGGAGGGGGAGCCAAGGGAGUUUGUGGAGAAAUCUCAGUGUAUCCAGUGUCAUCCCGAAUGUCUGCCCCAGACCAUGAACAUCACCUGUACAGGCCAGGGGCCGGACAACUGCAUCAAGUGUGCCCACUACAUCGAUGGCCCACACUGUGUCAAGACCUGCCCAGCCGGGAUCAUGGGGGAGAACAACACCCUGGUCUGGAAGUACGCGGAUGCCGACAAUGUCUGCCACCUCUGCCAUCCAAACUGCACCUAUGGAUGUACUGGUCCAGGUCUUCGAGGAUGUCCAACUGGGCCCAAGAUCCCAUCUAUUGCCACUGGGAUUGUGGGUGGCCUCCUCUUCAUUGUGGUGGUGGCCCUUGGGAUAGGCCUGUUCAUGCGAAGGCGCCACAUUGUCCGAAAACGUACAUUACGCCGCCUGCUUCAGGAGAGAGAGCUCGUGGAGCCUCUUACACCCAGCGGAGAAGCUCCCAACCAAGCCCUGCUGAGGAUCUUAAAGGAAACAGAAUUCAAAAAAAUCAAGGUCCUGGGUUCUGGAGCAUUCGGCACAGUGUAUAAGGGUCUCUGGAUCCCAGAAGGUGAAAAAGUGAAAAUUCCUGUGGCCAUCAAGGAGUUAAGGGAAGCCACAUCUCCAAAAGCCAACAAGGAAAUCCUUGAUGAAGCCUAUGUGAUGGCCAGUGUGGACAAUCCUCAUGUAUGUCGCCUCCUGGGCAUCUGCCUGACCUCCACUGUCCAGCUCAUCACACAGCUCAUGCCCUACGGUUGCCUCCUGGACUAUGUCAGAGAGCAUAAGGACAACAUUGGCUCUCAGUACCUACUCAACUGGUGUGUGCAGAUUGCAAAGGGCAUGAACUAUCUGGAAGAUCGACGUUUAGUGCACCGUGACCUGGCAGCCAGGAAUGUCCUGGUGAAGACGCCACAGCAUGUCAAGAUCACAGACUUUGGGCUGGCCAAGCUGCUUGGUGCUGAGGAGAAAGAAUACCAUGCAGAGGGGGGCAAAGUGCCUAUCAAGUGGAUGGCUUUGGAAUCAAUUUUACACCGAAUUUACACACACCAAAGCGAUGUCUGGAGCUAUGGAGUCACUGUGUGGGAACUGAUGACCUUUGGGUCCAAGCCUUAUGAUGGAAUCCCUGCAAGUGAGAUCUCAUCCAUCCUAGAGAAAGGAGAGCGCCUUCCACAGCCACCUAUCUGCACCAUCGAUGUCUACAUGAUCAUGGUCAAGUGCUGGAUGAUAGAUGCUGAAAGCCGUCCAAAGUUCCGAGAGUUGAUUGUUGAAUUCUCCAAAAUGGCCCGAGACCCCCAGCGCUACCUUGUCAUCCAGGGAGAUGAAAGAAUGCAUUUGCCGAGCCCUACAGACUCCAAUUUUUACCGCGCCCUGAUGGAUGAGGAGGACAUGGAAGAUGUAGUUGAUGCUGAUGAGUACCUCAUCCCACAGCAAGGCUUCUUCAGCAGCCCGUCCACAUCUCGGACUCCUCUCCUGAGUUCUCUGAGUGCAACCAGCAACAAUUCUACUGUGGCUUGCAUUAAUAGAAAUGGGAGCUGUCGGAUCAAGGAAGACAGCUUCUUGCAGCGGUACAGCUCUGACCCCACUGGUGCCUUAACAGAGGACAACAUAGAUGAUACAUUCCUCCCUGCGCCUGAAUAUAUAAACCAAUCUGUUCCUAAAAGGCCGGCAGGCUCGGUGCAGAACCCUGUCUAUCACAAUCAGCCCCUGCACCCAGCUCCUGGCAGAGACCUGCAUUAUCAGAAUCCCCAUAGCAAUGCCGUGGGUAACCCUGAGUAUCUCAACACUGCCCAGCCCACCUGCAUCAGUAGUGCAUUUGACAGCCCUGCAAUCUGGGUCCAGAAAGGCAGCCACCAAAUGAGCUUGGACAACCCUGACUACCAGCAGGACUUCUUUCCCAAGGAAGCCAAGCCAAAUGGCAUCUUUAAGGGCCCCACAGCCGAAAAUGCAGAAUACCUUCGGGUAGCACCCCCCAGCAGCGAGUUCAUCGGAGCAUGACGCAGAGGGGCAGCAGGCCAGCUAGAAAAUUUCCAGACUUUGCCGAAGCCCAGGACCAAGCCGUGGCUGCACCUCCACUCCCAACAGUCAUGCCCACCUUGUGCCAAAUGUCAGAACCUCAGACUGGUGUUUAAACCCUAACUCUGGCAGGCUUUGUCAUUGAGCCAAGAAGUGGGCCCCUCCCCUGGUGCACUUUGGGAAGUUGAAGGUGCGUCUUUUAAUCUUCAAAAUGUGAAGAUUCCACAAAAAUCCACCAAGAAUGUUGUCCAUUGGAACAGAAGUUUACCUCAUGGUGAGGUACAUAGGGAAAAAAACAUACAUACGGAGAUUUGCUGCACAGGGACCUUUGGGAUUGUUAUUGUCUUUAUCGGUUUGAUUUACGGGCUCUCCCAAGGAGGAAGAAGUUUGCUUGGAGUAUGUAUGACACAGAGUUGCCUAGAGCUAAUUGUGGCUAGAACGGUUGGUUCUCCUAGCUCUGCUUCAAGACACUUCCGUGGCAAGACAAGACACAGGAAGACCUGCGUCCCCUGAGCAGGCUACACUGUACAGCAUUAAAUCAUGGCAGGUACAAUAGGUUAAGCCACUUUGUUAUGUACUAGGGCUGGGAGAAGAUGGAUAAAGGGAUAGAAUUUUCCUCAGACUUACUUUUACAUAAAUAUGUCCCAGGUACAUAACACAUACUAGCUUAUCAGUGUUUUCUAUUAGACUUCCUUUUAUGCUUUCUGCUUUGUUGUUUUGAGUUGUAAUAUGCUUUCUUGUCUUGGUUUCAUGAAGUCAACAACAACAAAAAGCAGUAUUCUCAAAGAACAGCUACUAUCCUACAUUUAAAUAAUCCGUGUUCUAAACGAAAGCCUUUAGUUAAGAUGGAGUGACGAUGCAAAAGUUCACAGAGAAAUAUUUUAGUCUCUGCAUAGUAUCUGUUGAGGUGUGUAUCAUGAGACUACAAAAGUGAUGCUGCUCUUCAAAUCCUUCUCUCUGCCUUCACCCCUACACACCACAAAAUUUGUAUAAGCCAUGCAUGGAGGAUAAUCUUUUUCAUUUUUUAAUUUGUUUACUGGAGAUAUUUUUUUUCUCCCUGGUAAACUGCCACCAAAUGUUUUCUUUCCAUUUGAGGAAGUUUAUCUAGGCUACUAUGGAAUAAGUGACAGCCCAUGGUGGGACUGGCAUGCAGGCCUCAGGAAAAAGAAUGUUAAAAACAGAGUGGAACUCAAGUGGCAAGCAUGCAUUAUGAGAUUGAAAGUCUUUGGGGGAGAAAUUCAUUCCUAGGUAAUGAAUUUCCCCACUAACAUUGGUGUAUCUAGCGACUCGAGAUCUCAAUGUUUGUUCUUACUUUGGUCAUCCUUGUAGACAAAUUGAUUGAUAGCCAUUUUUGGUAAACAAUUAUUUUAAUGCUCUUGGUGUCUAUCCCUUCCCAUUUAUCAAGGGAUGGACAGAAGGGAACUCAUAAACACUAACCAUAAACCAGAAAGGACAUAUCAGCCAGGCACCAAGAGCACAGACCAGGGAUGAUGCAUUCUAUUGGAGACAUCUAAAAACUUCACAACUAGAUAAUGUUGUUCAUUAUGCUCUGAGAAUAAAAAGUCUUAAACACCAGGGAAAUGGAAAGUAUGCAUUCAUAGAGCACUGGUUCUCAACCUUCCUAAUGCUGCGACCCUUUAAUAACCCUUUAAUACAAGACCCUCAUCUUGUAGUGACUCUCAACCACAAAAUUAUUUCCAUUGCUACUUCAUAACUGUAAUUUUGCUACUGUUAUGAAUCACAAUGUAAAUAUCUAAUAUACAGAAUAUCUGAUAAUGCAACCUCUGUGGGGGUCAUGACCCACAGGUUGAGAAGCACUGCCUUUUAAGACCUCAACCAAGAGGACCGUGACCAGGGGGCUCGGUUAGUGAGUCAAGUACAAGGCCAAGUCAAUUUUCCUGACAUGCUUGCUGCUGCCUCAAGCCUGGGAAUUAGAGUUGCAAGAUCCUCUGAGUUUCCUCACUGUUGUUCACUCCUGGCAAUGCCAGGCUGUCCUCUAUGAAAAUAAGCAAGGAAAAACAUUAAGCAACAUUUCUAGACUUUGAAAUUCCAUGCCAUUGCCAGAAAAUGCCACUUUGAUCAUUAUCCACCCAGAAUGCAGAGGAAACAUUUAGGCAGGUGUUUGCUCAGAAUUGGGAUAUAGAAUGACUUGCUUGUCAGAAGCAGGAGACUGGUGAGGGAGAGCAGUUGAAAGCCAGUCAAAUUGUAGCAAUGAAAUCCUAGGAUUUUUUUUUUUACUUUGAGACACUUUCUUAUAACAAAAUAAAGAAGCAAAAGCUAUUCAAACUUGCUUUUCUUCUUAUGUAAGUAUUCUGCAUAAAGUUUAGUUGUUGUCAGGGCUAACUUUAUGUUUGCCCAUGUGUCCUCAGUGUGUCUGUGCAGGGAGACAUGGAGCUCUGAGAGCUGAGAUGCAGACCCUUUUGCAGGGAUUCCCAACCUCCCUGAUACUGCAGCCCAUUAAUACAGUUCCCCCAUGCUGAUAUAUAAGGAGCCCAUAACAUUAUAUCUUAUGAAAAUUACUUUUUUACCUCAUGAUGGGAAAUGAUAAUCUCUUAAAUCCUUAAUCCCUCUGCCAUAGACUUUAUAGAGACAAGCUCUUGUGAGGCAGCAAAUUGCAUUCCAGCCAAUGAUAACAUGGUUUAGAGAAUUUUUAAACACUCUCUUUUUGCUCUUGCAUUCCACCCAUCCCCAAACUGUAGACAUAAAAGAGCCUUGAGCUGCAUAAGUACCAAAGGCCUGGUUCUGGGGGCUGUGCUAUCAUGAGAAAUUUCCAGCCAGCAACAUUUCAACUCAAUUGGUCUUAAACCCGUGGACUUUUCAGAGUGCACACAGGAUAUUCCAAUAAACACCAAAAUCAAGAGACACUGGAGGAGAAAAAAAUUAAAAGACUUGAGAAGGGGACUGUUGGCAGCAGUGGUGGCUGCUCAUCUGUGUUCAUUGGUUUUGGCGCUCUGGUCACACUUGUAUAAGACAGCGCUGGUACAUGAUGAUCGAGUACUCAUUUCUACCCUCACUGCAAAUGAGAAUUCCCUGGAGAGCUUAAAUCUUCCCAGUCCCUGCAGUCUAAUGCAGUCAGAAUCCCAGAGAUGCACCGCAUUUGGGGUUCUAAUAGAGAGCCUGGAAGGAAGUUUGCACUGUCUUCAUCAGUUGAACAGGCCUGCCACUCUACUCUGUCCAAAGUCAGAGUUGAAUAAAAGGGCCUGGGUAGGGGAGAGCCCCCCCGGCUCACAGAAAGCGUAAUUUGCAGUCAUCACUAUGCCUGAGUUGGGCACAAGUGUGGCCUUUCCAAAAUCCUCCUUUUUCUUUCUUUUUUUUUUCCAGCACAACCUUUAUCCUGAAAAUGGCAAAUACAUAAAGCUGAGCCUCCCUAAAGUCCUGGGACAUCUUGUUAAAGUGUUGGGACAUUUUGCAUUAUCUGAGAAACAAGGCAUAAAACAGACCACCCUCCACCACCCCUGAAUGAGCAGUUCCCACUUAAGAAGCAGAUGUUAAACUUCGCUUAAUCUCUACUUUCUUUUGAUAAGCAUGUGUUAGUAUUAUAGCAUGGUGAUCUGUUUACAUUUCCUUGCUUCAGGGCUGCAAAACCUUAACUGAGCAGAAAUCCCUCACUCUUUCUCCCAGCCACACCUGCCAUUCCAGAGACAAAAAUCUUUGUACUGUUAAAGUCACAUUUAGACAGAAUUUGUAAAUGUAAAUGUAUUUUUGUAACUUUUUUUCAGUAUAGUGUUCUCUUUAUGUAGCACUGAACUCUGUAAAGUAUAUUUUUUUAGGAAACUCAUUCUUUUAUCUUUUUUUUAACUAAAGAAAACUGUUGCUUUAGAAAAACUGCAAUGAAAUUGAAAUCUUCACUGAAAAUGGUUCAACUGGGGGAGAAGUCUAUUUUCUCUUAGUGAAUAAGCAGCCUCAUCGCAGAACUAAGCUAGGUCGGUCAUUGCCACAGUGAAUGAGAGGAGGGUCCUUUCAGCAUCAUACAGGCAGAAAAGGGGAAAGGCGCAUGAGCUUAAUGCUGCUGUGAACAGGAGCUAUGGAUUCUGAGACAAGGUUAGCAUAGGGAUGCCUGCCUGCUCAUCACUACCAAAAGAAUUUAAAUGUGUGUCAUUCUCUGAUGAUCCAAUAUGACCUUGUAAAUGUAAGAGAUUCAAUAAUACAACACUUUGUUGGUUUACAUAUGCUAACGUGACAUUAACACCAAUUACUUUGUUUUUAUAUUUACGAUGUUGUUCACUUAUUACUGUGUCCUAGAAAUGUCUAAAAAGCAACAAUAAUAUUUGUGCUAUUUGCCUUACUCACUAUAUUCCUUAAAAUCUACCAAGUGCAGACAUGGUCACUCCGGAGAAGGUUUUGUCAGUCAUGCAUGCACCAUAAAAUCACCUAGGGAGGUUUUAAAACUCUUGAAACACAGCCAUACCCAAGAACAAAUAUGAAUCUCCGUGGGGCAAAACCUGGGAAUUUUUAUACUUUAUAAGUCCUAAGUCCUUUGUCAUGUAUAGACAAUGUUAAAAAUCACAAACACGGGGAUUAGCUCCAGACUCACAGCUGACUCUGUAAAUGCAGACGGUAUCCAGACCCAGAGAACCCUACGCCUGCUUGCCAGCAUCUUUCUGGGAGGAGAGGUGUCAGGAACCUAGGCAGGAUUCCCAUGGCAGCUGUCCAGGCAGUGAAGGGUAAAGCAUCUAGCCAACAGAUGAGAGCCGAGGGAAGUGAAACAAAGACAUCCCCACCACCAUCACAGUGUUGCCUAAGCGAGCUCUAGGAAGGAUGAGUGGUGGUAAGGUGAAGGUAUGAUGCUGCUUCUGUGUCCAGCGCCAUUGGCAACCCACCAACCUGUGGCAACCCACUAACCUCCAUCAUCCAGAAUGAAAGUGCUGACCUUUUAUUUUGACUGCAAAGGGCAGACUUUAAGACAAUUGCUAAUACUUGGGCGGCUCUUACAAAAAGAAAACUCCAAGAAGGGGAAUCUUGCACUAAGAAACACACAUACAUGCAUGUGCACACCUACACACAGACACACUAAAUCUAGGAUAAAAACUGAAGCAGCUAAUCCAUAUUUUUCUGCCGUGUGUGUACAUGCACAGUAGUCCUCUGAGGUCUAAACCUGUCUUGCCCUAAUCACCAACAAAAUUGCUAGGAGUCAUUACGUCAACACUGGCAGAAAACUCCGAGGGGAUUUAACUUUACCCAUCUUACAUGCACCUUUUAUUUUGAAAUUGUAAUGCCCUACUCUCCUGAUUUGGAUACAAAGUAUUGUUGCUGUAUAAUAUAAUGGCCUGGAAAUGAAGACACCCCAGGAUAUGAUGACUAUUUCUAGACAUAAUGACAUGACUGAUUAACACCAGACAGCUAUAAUUUCAUGUUAGUUUCUUUCAAGUUUUAUAGCUUCGUAUAUGGUACAUUUUAACUUUGGAAAGUUUCACAACAAUGAAAGCAAUAUUUGUACAAAUGCAAAGCCAGAUCUCGUCUAUAUGCUGUUGAUUAGAAUGUGCUGAUUGUACACUAUUAAAAAUUAGAUGUAUGUCCUUUAUUGUUUGCUACUCCUAAGAACUUAAUAAUUUUGCAUUCUUUGUUAACAGUGCAAUGUUGUUUUCUGUUUUCGUUCAUGUCUGACUAUAGACAUUUUUUUCUUGACUUUUUCUUGAUUUCAAAUUUAUUUUCAUUCAACUUGCUGAUUUUUGUGGUGCUGUGUGGACUGAUGAGCUGUAUUCCCCCACUCCAACUGAAAACAUUUUUAAAAAUUAAUAAACCUUAUUUUUAGAGAA